UUGUAAUACUUGAAAAAAUCGCUUGUAAAAUAUUGUGUUGGUGGAAUUAUGCAUAAAUCAUAAUAAAUCGAAAAAUUUAUACCAUUAUUAAAAUAUUUAACUUUGGCUCAUUGUAACCACCUUUGCAAAGUGUUCAAAAAACAAAAUCAAGUCGCUAAAGAAAUAUUACUUUAAAAAUGUGAAAGCCAAGCAAUGUCUUAUAUACAUACAUACAUACAUACUAUACAAAAAAAAAUUACUGAAAAUGUAAAGAAACAGGAAGUUUAUUCAGAUAAUACAAGGGAAUAACAAGAAAUAUUAAAAUAAAACAAAAUAUGCCAAUAAGAGUUUGAUAGAAGGGGCGUUUAUUGGCAACUCAGACAUCAUAUAUAAUUAAACACAAAGAGGCCCUAAAAAUCACGUCAUAAUUGUUUGUGGAAAAAGGAGACUUUAAUUUAAACUCUACGUCAAUCAAAUUAGAUUUUCGUAGUGUGUGUGUGUUUGCUUAUGUGUAAUUAAAAAUUGUUUAAUUAUUAUAAAUAUUUACUAAAAGAUUUUCACAAUCAGCAUUUUAAAAUGUAAUUUCACGAAACACUAAAUUUUGUGCAAAAAACAAAAUAAAAUAUAUUUUCUAAUAUUCCCCUACUUUGAUUUAACAUUACCUCCGAAGAGAAAAAAGGCUCUGAUUUGAAAACAUUUCAAUUCAACAUUAAAAAAGUGGGUUUAAUGAUUUUUAUGUUAUUCUACUGAUAUAAACGCUAAACAUUGGUUGACUCAAACAAUAAAACGACAUCAUGAACAUCGACGAAGAACAACAGGCCUUAUUAAAGCGCGCUGCAGAGGAACGAGAAUUAAUAUUCAAUCGUUACAGUUUGGGUUUAGAUCCAACCAAUCAGGUGGAUCCCUGGGAAAAUCCAAAAUAUGAGCUUUAUCAUAUUACAGAUAAAUACGGCUUUAUGCACGAUUCUCGACUCCCGGAUACACGUGAUUCACAAGAAGUUCAACGCACUAAAAUUGAAUUAGAACGUGACAAGAAGUGGAUGAAAAUGCUUGCUUCGUGGAACCCACAUCAUGAAAAAUUAAGGAAGCGGGUAUUUAAGGGAAUACCAGAUCGUAUGCGUUGGCCAGCGUGGAAGAAACUACUGAAUGUCGAAGAAUCUAUGGAAACAAAUCGUGAUGUCUAUCAGCGUAUGCUGGACAUAUCCCGAAAAUACUCGACAGAAGUACGACAAAUAGAUUCCGAUGUCAAUCGGCAAUUUCGCGAUAAUCUAGCAUUCCGAGAACGCUACAGUGUUAAGCAGGUCUCAUUGUUCAAUGUACUAAAUGCGUAUAGUGUUUACAAUCCAGAAUUGGGAUAUUGCCAGGGUAUGGCAUGUGUAGCUGGUGUUCUAUUAUUGUACAUGCAAGAGGAGGAAGCAUUCUGGGCAUUAAAUUCAUUAAUAGUUAAUGAAAAGUUUGCCAUGCACGGCCUAUUUAUUGAAGGUUUUCCCAAGCUCACGCGUUUUCUGGAACACCAUGAUCGUAUUAUGUUGAAAAUAAUGCCAAAAUUACACAAACACUUUAUGAAGCAUAAUGUUGAUGCAAUAUUAUAUUCAAUAAAAUGGUUUUUUGUGGUCUUCGUAGAACGUAUACCAUUUAGUUUAAGUUUGCGUGUCUGGGACAUAUUUCUGUUAGAGGGUGAUCGCGUCAUUACUGCUAUGGCUAUUACCAUAUUAUACCUGCACAAAUCAGAACUACUUCGACUCAAAGAUAUGGAUUCUAUUUUAGAGUAUUUACAAGUGAAACUACAUAAAAAUUUCGGUUACAACGACGAUUUAGCAAUAGAUGCCUUAGAACGUGUUAUGAAAAAAUUAAAGGAACACAAACUGGAUGUUCCUCCACCAGCCAAAGUAAAUGAAUUUCCCACAAAGCCUUUAGGCCAAUUUAUAGAAGCGGACAUCGAAAAAAAAAUUGGGCGACGAAGAUCAGAGUAUACAGACACAGAAAAACAGGUUAUUAAUGAUGUUAUAUUGAGACAAGAACAAAAUGCUAUUGAAGUACAAUCAACGGUAUCGUAUGAAACAUCUGAGUGUGCUACUGUAACAUUAACCGUACCCGAGGAUAAUCAUUCAAUAAGAAGUUCGCUUGCAGGUACAUCAAUGGCCUCACAUGGAUCAUCGGAAACUUUUUCGUUGGAGGACAAUAAGUAUGCUGAUAAAAACGUCUAUAUAUAUUGUUUAAUAUUCAUCUAUUUAUUUUCAUUAGUAUACAUCUGAAAACGGCUAAUGCUUUACAACAAACUCCGCAACGUGAAAUAUUAAUGGGUACCUGACGUUUACCUUCUACGCCGCCUCAACACAACUGUGUCAAGCCGUGCUACUCUUCACCACUAACCGUAACUACAGCAACAGCAUUAGAAAAUAAAACGUUUGAAAUAGCGGAUUCCAAAACAUUUAAUGUUGUAAUGGCGUCUUCCUUAAACACAUUAAUCAGUUCACAACUCAGUGGAACGCACAGUUCUUCCGGACAGCAGAUUAACUUAAAUAUUGAAGCUGCAACACCCACUACUCCCAAUGCAACACCGAUUAAGUCGUCAACGCCAUUACGAACACAUUCAACACCUUCAUCUACGCCUUUAGCUACUGUUUAAAAUUUAGAAAUAAGAUUUUUAUAAUGCAAAUAUUUUAGUUUUAGCGUGUCCACUUCUUUAUAUACAAUUAUCGCUCGCCGUAUUCAUAACAAAAACAAUACAUACAUAUGGAUAGUUUAAAUGCAAAGCUAAACGAAUUAACUAAUUGUUUCGGAUUUUAACAAAAGUCAUACUCUGAACAUGGCUUUAGAAUGGCGCAACUGAAAAUGGUAAGAAUAAUACCGAAAGUAGUAACUGAAGUAUGUACGUAGUUUUGCAUUUAAGCUAACAUUAUGCUCACUAAAUAAGUACUUAUCUUCCCACAUUCGAAUUUACUUAAAAACAAAAAUUGGACCUCUUUUGGUUAACAUUUUUUUCUUACAUUAUGAAUAUGACUUUAAAAUUUACCCUUGAGUUUUAUAAAUGACAAAGUUUAAUUUUUUUUAUAAUUAUCGAUAUUAUAUUUGAAUCACUAUAAUUCGGCAACAGAAAACAAUACCACAAUGACCAAUUAAAUUGCUAUAUUGUACAAAAUAUUUUAUUACUUUAAUACAAAAAUCAUUCCCUUUUCAAACACUUGGAGUGCGAGGAGACAUUUCAAUACAAUAAAUAUCAAGUUCAUACAUACAUAUUAAAUGUUACAGAAACUAUUUUUAUUAAAUUAGGUUCAAGAAAUAUUCUACAAUCUGUUAAAACUUGCCAUUGUUUAUAAAACUUAUAAUUUCCAACAACAAAAAAAUAUAUAUAUGUAUAUACAUCUACAUAUAGCUCAUUUGCGACGAGAUAGUCAUAACUCUCUCUCUCUUAUGGGGAAUAUAUUAUGGGACUCAGUUCAAAACCCAAAUUUUGUCCCAAAUGAGCGAUAUAUUCGGAUUAUUAUAAAAUAGCAUUUAUUUUUUCUUUGAGUUUAAGAAAAAAAUUAAUUAUUAUUUAUACGAUAUUAUAUUAUUAUUAUUAUUAAUUGUUUAUAUUAAAUGAAAAAUAAAUGUAAAAAUAAACAGUCAACAA